CAAAUGCUCACCACAAAAGUACAGACAAUGUUUUGACAAAAUAUUACAACAAUAGAGAUAAAUUAUUACAUAUUAAAUUAAAUUGUAUUUUUUUUAAAAUGCCACUUUUACGUUCAGCCAGCUAUAAUUUAUUCAUAGAAAUUCUCCUUCGUAUUCUUUUGUUCUCCGCUUUUUGUUAUAUGGAAUCAUUGAAUCCUUUCAUCAGAGUAAUACCACAUUCCGAGCUGGAAAAUAACUGUAAAUAUCCAAGGCAUGAGUCCUACGUUCCCAGCGGUACACUCUGGUCCAUUGUGUUAUCAGUACCAUGUGUUCUGUCGUUGAUAGCGUGGGCAGUGUGUAAUGAUUGUAAUGAUGCUUUGGAGUUUCUUUUGUCCUGGUCGCUCGCUCUAGGUAUAACUGGGAUGUUAACUGAUACGGUUAAAUUAAUUGUUGGUCGUCCGCGCCCCGAUUUCUUCUAUCGUUGCUUCCCUGAUGGGAUUGAAACCCCAGAGCUUCAAUGCACGGGUGACAUUUCUGAUAUAAUGGAGGGGAGGAAAUCUUUUCCCAGCGGCCAUAGUAGUUUGUCAUUCUGUUCUUUGGGAAUCGCAUCGGCUUGGAUCUGUGGAAGACUGGGCACGAUAUCCAGGAAGCGUGGCUCAGGGGCCAGGGUCCUGACGACGAUCAUGCCCCUCGUGAUGGCUGGAUGUAUCGCACUGUCCAGGACCUGUGACUACCACCAUCACUGGCAAGAUGUCCUAGUGGGAUCGAUCUUGGGUUUUACAGUAUCAGUGUUGUGCUAUCGCCAAUACUACAACCCUCUCACGUCAGACCUGGCAGGUGUUCCGUACAUAGUGUCCAAGACAAAAUCCGCUAAAUACUUCAACGGAAAACCGGAUAUAAGUCCAAUUAAAGAAUGCAAAGAAGAAUCGACACCGUUGCUGAACGGUAAGAAAGAGGACAAAUGGAUUUAAUGUUUUUUUUUUUUUAUUGAUAAAAAAAAGACAUCUGUGUUGCCAUGUUUGUGCAGUGGUUGGCGAUGAAAAAUUAUUUAAUUAAUUUCAUGAACGUCAUGGAUUUUUUUUUGAAGAGUUGGAAAACAGUUAUGGGAUAUUGAAAACUAAGAUAGAAAUUCUUAACGUGUAUAAUAUUUGACAUAGCGAUUUGAUUAUUUAUGUAAUUAUGUCAUUAUUUAACUUAAAUGCUUAACUGCCUUGGUAAACAAUGGUAAUAAACAAAAUAAUGGUAACAGUGUGGACACUCGUGCCUCGGAAAGCACUUAAAGCCGUUCAGGUGUGCCCGGUCAUCUCUAGUUGUAUCGGUUUAUGAGAGUGAGGGAAUAGAGUGUAUGUACAGUUAUAUUAAAAGGCCAGCAUUAUUGUCAUUAGUUAUCUGCGAGAUUGACGGAUGGCUUGGUGUUGCCAUAUAUAAAAAAAAAAAUUAAUUCAAUUAAUAUUUAUUUCAGAUUAGUACAUACUAAAAUUAAUUAUUUAUUUACAAACAUGUGAAGGACAAAAAUGUAUAGUGGAAGAUAAUAAUAAGAAAAUGUUUACAUAAAAUAUAUAAAGGUGCGUUAAGAUAAGAGAACGCGUAGCUAAAAGUGUAACGCGAUAGGAUCCUGCUAUUGAUUUGAACAUACAAACAUACAUGGACACAAUCUGCUAAUCGUAUUUCCCCUUUAAGUCGAAUUAUUAUUAUUCUGAACUUCUUUGCUAACGCUACUUAAAAAUCCAUUGGAUAUCUAUAGUGCUAGUGGGGGAACAGGAUGCUCUCUGAUCUCUACGCACCUUAAAAUAUAUUUAUACUGAUAAUAUAUUUGGAGAUAUACAUAAACACGGCUUCACAUAUAAAUGUUGUUUAGGGGUGAUUAGAGAGCCUCCCCCCCCCCUCUCUAAUUGAGAAACAUAUGAGUUUAACUGAAAUUCCGCUAAACAACAUUUAUAAUAUAUAUUUAUAAGUUAGUUUAAAAUAUACAGGUUGGAUAAUUUAGAUUUGCCAGUGGAAUUAGCUAUUAUCCUUCUUACAGAAAAAGA